AAAGAAAAUAAAAUGGCGGCAAUUUUGAAACGAAAGUUUGUGCUGUUUAUGAUUUCACUGUUUUUCGCAUUGUUACUCCUGUACACAAAACGGAAACUAGAAUGGCUUACAGACGUGUGUCAGUUGAGAGAUGAAUCAAGAAAAGCUGAGUCGUGGUUUAAAAAAAUAUGGUCAUGGUUGUCCACUGUUAUUUCCAACAUCAAGACAGGAAACUCCACUAGAACUGUCGACAGUCAUGACACACAUAGCCUGCUUACAAUCUCAUGCCAUUCAUCUUUAACAGAGAGCAUUCUUCAUGUUUUUUAUAGCCAUAUUCCGGAAGAUAUAACAUUUGUUGUUUUACAAAUGUGUGAUAGUGUCUGUGCCACACUAUACACCUAUGUAUAUCCCUAUGUUCAUAUAUUUUGGUGCCUAAUUAUAACAGUGUUUAUUAUAAUUAUAUGUUUCUGUGUGUUAAACAAGUGGAGAUGCAGUCUAGUGAAUCGCAAUCAUAUCGAACAAACAGUCACGAAACAUUACGAUCAACUUAUCAUAGGCAAGUCACUAGAUGAAAAGUACAUGGAGGAUAGUUUGCUGACUUAUAAUGUCAAAAGAAAAGACCUAUUACAAUGUUCUCCUAGACAGGCAAGGACUCUCUGGACUUCUGGGACUUUUCUUCUUCUUCUCUUGUUAUGUGUCAGCAUUCCAUGGGAGUUUAUACGGCUAUACCAAGCAGAAGUUAGCAAAAGAGCUUCUAGAGUGUCUGCAGGUGUUCCAGAGUACUGCACUCCAAGAGAACUGUCAUUGUUCAGGAUGCUUAAAUCAUGGUUGAGCCACCAGGUGGCAUGGAGUCAUAACAGCCUGUGUGAUCAAUACUUUUAUGCCCAGUUUGUUGAUCCCAUCUGGGAAAUCAGCCCUUUAAUGGUGGUGACGUCACUAGUGACCCGCUGCCUCGUCCACCCGGCGGAGCUACUGUUCGCCAGCGCGGGACGAAGCCUGCACUUCUUCACUGAGAUCCCCCUACAGUGGCAACCCGUGCUGAUGUUGGCAAUCCUGGCGAUGACUGUUGUCACCUUGCUGAUGACGUGCAGCUACCGCCUCUCUGUUCCAUGGCUGUUAAAAAUCGAACCCCGUACUCCAGUGGCAGGGCAGCGUGAACAGCACAACGGCUCUGCCCAGGGGACCAUUGCACCGCACGAGCGGAAACUGAGAUGGCGCGAAAUGGAAUCGUCGCAGGCAGUGAUGGGACGGGACAACAAUCUCGUGAAGUCACGUGACAUUUCCUCAACGCCCCAUUCCUCCGUGUCGACGAGCCCUGCUGCGUGUAGCGGAAAUACUCUCCUCCGGUCUGGCAGCAAGGCAAGGAGUGGAGUAACGACUGAAGAGACGCCUGUGGCUAGACAGUGGAAAUCGCGAAGUGGCAGUUUUCAUGGAGAGGAAUAUUCGGCAGAUACCGGUGCUUGCCUUCAGAACACGCCCUGCACAAAAAGGAGCACGUGUAAAAGUCAGAAGCAAAGGGAAGGCAGAUGGGCUGAAGGAAAGGUCCGCAGAAGACGUUUGACGAAGAAUGAAAAAUAACUUUUAUUGAAAGUCGCAGCAGGCAUGAUGUGGGAUUAUCCUUUUGCUGCAUUAGACGAUGUCACAGUACCAUCUCUUGUCAUAUUCAUCAGCACUUUACCACCAGUAUCGCCGUUGUUAUUGUCGUUGUCAUUGUCACCUUCAUCAUCAAUCGUUGUCAUCUGUAUUAAUCUCGUCUUAUUGUAAAAAUUAUACAAUUGCAUAUCUUUCGCGGCAUUUCGGAUCGGGCACUAAACCCACCUGUUUCAAAAAUCAUAUUUCAUAAUUUAAAAAAAAAAAGUCUUUCUCUAACAGCUCAAUUUUUUUAUCUUUGUUCAUGUACUUUACUCAUGUUUGCCCCGACGUCAUCCAUUUGCUGUGUGUGUGUGUGUUUUUUUUUUGAACGCUUUCGUUAACUGUCGGUUGGGGUAGUUUGUUCGGGUACAGCGCAUUGAGCUCCUCCGAUAAGGGAAUUGCACGAGUCAGCUGCUAUUACAAAGGAGAUUUUUACAACCUUAGUCGACCAGCGAUAUUUACCUGACAGUUAAAAAGGUUGUUAUGACAGGUUUGGGUAAAGGCGGGGGGCUCACACCUUUAAUUUGCCAGUCUGCUUGAUGUGACACAUCUUGAUGCUUGUGUGGCCACAGAACAUUCAACUGGUCCGUCACAUGCCUACCUAAGAUGUCAAAACUUGAUCAGCCUGUGGCUAGUUAAGACCUUUAAAACAGUUUUUAUCCGUCAGUAGUAGUCACAGUGUGUUUAACAAUCCUCGUCGUCUUGGCGACAAACGCCUCACCUUUGCGCAGCCGCGAUCCGCUUCAUGAAAGUGCACAAGGAGUUCAUGUCAAAGAAAAGCUAGCCUUGUCACAGGCAUGACUGGGCGUGUUUCCCCCUCUCCCAGAUCGUUUUCCAUGUUCGCAUGAACAUUAUCUUAGACCUGUCAAUGGCUAUGUUUUGAAAAUAAACCUUGGUGCGUACGGCC